AUGGUCGACGUGGGUUUGAAGCUGGUGACAGAACGGACUGCUAUAGCACGAGCAAAGGUUUUUGUGGGACCCGAACUGAUGAAACUCGUACGAGAAAAUGGUCUGAAGAAAGGUGACGUACUUAGCGUUGCUCGCCUGGCGGAAAUUGUGGGGGCCAAGCAGACGUCCAGCAUUAUCCCUCUGUGUCAUAACAUAUCUUUAUCCUCUGUGGCUGUGGACAUUGAACUGGACUCUGCUCUCAACUGUGUGAUUAUAACUGGCACGGCAAAGUGUAGAGGGCAGACGGGCAUGGAGAUGGAAGCUCUCACUGCUGUAUCGGUGUCUGCCUUAACAGUGUAUGAUAUGUGCAAAGCUGUGAGUCAUGACAUUGUGAUAUCUGAAAUAAUGCUUCUGGCCAAAAGUGGGGGAACUAGAGGAGACUUCCACCGGACAUGA